AUGGAGAUUGAGAUUGCAAAGACCGAGCUUAUUAGUUAUAAGCAAAGAAACUUGAACCUCAACGAAUCCUUUAAAAAUAGACGUGACGAGAAUGAAAUUCUUUGGAAAGACAUGGAGGAUAACAUUAAUGACGAAAUCUUGAUGGAUUGUGCGAGUAACCUUGCAAACCUAAACGAUAACACAAAAAAUUUAAUAGUCAUGAUGGAAGAAAUGAACGCCAUCACUAAGGGCCUUAUCACUCUCGUGGAAUACUUAUUAAACAAGUUGGAAAAUAAAAAUGCUCUAAGUGAAUAUAGAGACUGGAUUACGUUUUUUAAUAGGGUAUUACAAUUGAAGUUAGGAGCAAAUGUAUGGUCCGUUGUAAAAUUUGCUGUUUAUAAGAAAAUUAGGAUGGAAAAGGAAAACUACGCUGAUUGGGAAAAAGAAUCUAUUUUACAGUUGGAAGCUGUUUUAAAAAGUAUUAAUAUGUCACUCUAUGACUACUACGAACUGCUAAUAUUGAUGAAAAUUCGAAGUAACGACGAAUUCCUUGGGGAUAAAUCUCCAACACUAGAACAGGCGGAAAAAAAGCUUCAAGCAUCGUUUCCUGAAGAAAUGAAAUUCUUUAAGGAACCGUUGCAAAAUGUUUUCAAUGCUCUCGGUACUUGGGAAAUUUAA